AUGCUCCCUCUCCUCACCCUCGUCGUUGCAGCCGCCACUACCCACUCUUCGGCCAGUUACAUUGGCGAUGCUGGACGGGCACUCUAUGACUUGGCCAGACGAGCACCCACAGCGACCAAUGGGACCUGCAAUACGGACCAGUCAAAGCCCCCGGGUGAUCUCACCGCUUGCGGCAAUUCGACCCUCUUCUUUGUCUGGCGUCCAAAGGCACGCUUCAUUGCCCCCGAGGGUUGGAUGAACGACCCACAGGGUCUCUGGCAGCGUGACGAUGGAUCCUUCCAUGCUGGAUACCAAUGCCACCCCCAGCAUUACCAGUGGGGAAACAUUUCACAAUGCUCCGCAUUCUCCGACGAUCUCACUUACUGGCGAGAUGCCAACAGCUGGCAAGACCCAAAGACACUGUAUCCGUCUCAAAUCUACGACAUUCGUGGCGUCUUUGAUGGUUCCAUUAUCAAAAAGGGAUGGAAAGGCUAUCCUACCACCAUCUAUACUUCCGUCUUUCCUGCUCCUCUAGGUGCAACCAGCCAACCCCCCGAACAAGAAGGUGCAGAGACGCAGAGUAUUGCCUAUACAAAAGACGGUGGCGCGACCUGGACCAAGCUCAACUUUGGUUAUGGCGACAAUCCAGUCAUUUACAAGUGGCCCGAACAAAAUCUCACUGGAUUCCGCGACCCAUAUGCAUUCGAGUCGCCUAUUCUCGCCAAGAUGCUCAAAAACGUCACAGCCGUCAAAGCAACAGGCGAAAACUUUCUCACCAUUAGCGGCGGCACGCGUGAAGAAGCCGACCCAAACGGCGGUCCUCGUCUCUAUCUCUACCGCCAGACGACACCCGGCGAGGUCCGCCACUGGACGUAUAUCGGUCCCAUCAUUGCACCUUCGCGUAGAAACGCCUUUUCAGAAUGGAGUGGCAACUUUGGCACAAACUUUGAGACGGCGGGUAUCACCCGUCUCAACGAAAAUGGCAUGGCAUACGACGAUGGCUCGGACUCGCGUGCGCUCGAUAUUGUUGGUUUGGGCACCGAACAAGGUCGUAAUGGCUCCCACGAGAAUCACUGGCCACUUUGGUCUGCUGUCACAUAUCGCAACGACGGCAAUGCCAUUAGCUCGACGAUUGAUGCUAGCGGUGUCGUCGACUGGGGACGCGUCUAUGCAUCCAUCUUCUUCCCCGUCAAGAACAAGCGCUCCGUCCUCAUCGGCUGGACGUACGAAGACGACGAGGAUCUCGUUCUCACGGCUCAGCGUGGCUACCAGGGUGCAUUUACGCUCUUCCGCGACCUCUUCCUCAAGGUGACGCGCAAUGUCGAUCCCUCGACGUCUGGACUCCGCGAUCCAGGAAGCUGGAAAGUAUGGAACGAGACCGACGGAAGCAUCUCUGUUGUCACGGUCGGCCAAAAGAUUGUACCCGAGACGCUCAAAGAGUACAAGGCAAAGUCUACAAUCUCCCAGCCCAAAGCGCGUUCGCUCAAAGCAAGUGACGGCUAUGUCCCCUUUCGCGUCCAACCAACUUCGCGUUACUAUGCCAUCAACGCCAACCUCAAAUUCGACGGCUCAAGCGACGCAGCACCGCGAGCUGGAUUCCGCGUCUUGGCGAGCGACCAAGAGUACACGGACAUUUACUACGACUGGCGCCAGGAGACGCUCUACAUCCAGCGCGACCAUAGCUCGUUGAUCAAGACGUACGGAAACGAGACGGAAGCUGGUAAAUUGCGCCUAUGGCCCGUGCGCAGCGGCGGUAGUGGUGCCAAUGCCACCUAUACACCCCAGUCGCUCAACUUGACCAUCGUCGUCGACAAUUCCGUCGUCGAAGUGUAUGCAAAUGACGAGACGGUGAUCACUACGCGCGUGUAUCCGUGGUUGAGUGCAUCCCAAGGUGCAGGCUUCCUCGUCCAGCCUUCGAGUGGCGGCAGUGGUGGUAAUUCGAGCGUCUACUAUUCCAAACUCGAGCUGUGGGACGGUCUCAUCAACGCCUGGCCACAGCGUCCGCGUGAUACCCGCAAGGGUCUCCUAUGGGAUGGUCCCUUGCCAGGUGGACCAUGGAGCGCUUGGGCUGGUGUCUAA